UUCUGAAGUUGCUGCGCUGGGUACAAAGUCAGGUUGGGGUCUGUACAGAAAGGACUUGUCUGCCAUUUGUUGGCAUACCUCUUCCUUCUGGCUGUUGGACACUUUCCUGCUCAGCAGCUGUGACAUUGAGAAGAAGCAGGAAAAGCCGAGCUGCCUGCUGUGCGUGCCGACGGCGACAUCAGGCAGAAAGGCCGUACGCACAAGUGCACCAGCCACUGUGCUAUGGGCAGGGGUGUUUCAACUCUGGUAGUGCUGGAGGGUUGUUCUGGCAUUUGUACAAUGAAUAUAUUUGCUCGGGAGGGUCAGGCUCAGUUGCUCUCCUCUUUCUGGACAGAAAAAUUAAGAACCAGUCACGUUCAGAGCUAGACGAAGCCCAGCUGUUGGACUUCCAUUGGACUAUAUUGCCUCCUCCUGCUGAUGCACAGACAUUAAUUUCUUACCUUCUAACUCACCCAGUCUCCUAUAAAAAGGAAGGACCUGGGACCCUUUUCAGAUCCUAAUACACACAAAGUCUUGUGUCUCAUUUCUUUGAGAGAUGCUUUUUUGGGCUGCUGUGUUGGUAUGCUGCUGGCAUGCAUGGAUUUGGAGGAUGAUUGCUGUAGUGUAUGGCUUCAGGGAGAGGUUUGGGAGCAGAGGGCAGUUAGCAUAGGGGAGAGGAGUGUCAAGUCCCGUGCAGGGCAGCGAGGGUGGUGUGGGCCAGCGAGUGUGUGUGACAGGCCACUAGGUGGCACUUCCAGUACUUCCCAUUGUUUGUACAGCAUUGGCACCUUGGAUGUUCAAAGUCCUAGUAGCUCCACUCAUUUGUAUUUGUUCAAAUUGUAUUCUGAGAGGAAAGCUAAGAGCAAUUUCCAAAAUCUGGUUGGGGUUUGAACUUGAUCCUACUAGCUGGGAGACUAACCUAAUCCGUUCUGUUCAGCUCUGCUGAGUAGCUCCUGGAAGUCCAGAUUCCGUUUCUUGGACAACCCUACGUUUCUUUUGCUUUCUUGUUCUGUAUGACUUCUUUCCUCUAUCUAGCUCGUGCAGACCAUUCCUCUAUUUCACUGUAUCCCUUUUAGCCAUAGAAAUAAUAAGGACUUGGCAGGACUGGUUUUUCUGGAGUACUUUCUUUGGUUUGAAGGCCGGUGACACCAUGACUUGGUAGGGUGCUUCAAGUGAACAGCAGAUGUUGGUAGGGGAGGGGACCUAAGACAGCUAUUGUUCUCCUUUUUUUAGAUUGCCCACCAAAUACCUGUGUUUUAAUAAAAAAAAAAAAAAGAAAAGGGGGGGUAGGGGGAGGAAACAUUAGGGAUUGGAGAAGAUAAUGUAUUAACCUGUUUCUGAAUAAACAUUUGUUAUACAGAGAGUGGAUUCUAAGCCUUUUUAGACGCUGUGAAGCAACUAGAGAUAAGUGGUGGUGUUCCAACAUGGAGUCAAUUGUGCUUUCUAGGUGAGCAUAGAAAUUUCAAAACUGGUAACGUGAUGAAGAGCAAGAGGAGCAUAUGGGUGAGAGAACUGUUAUUCGUUCACCUUUUAAUCUGGAUCACAGACAUUAGCAGCUGACUCUUGCUAAAUUGGAGCCAUUUGUGUCCAUCUAAUUCCAAUUCUCUUUUCACAGAAAAAAGAAAGCAGCCUUUGUUACUGACAGGCUAGUCGUUUAAAAAGUAAUUUUAUAACAAAAACAGCUUUGAAAUCAGGGUACCUGUUCUAGAUGAAAAGGGAUACUUUCAUUAUCAGCUAGACAAAAGGCCGUUUAAACGUGAAGCCGUAUUGUGAGUGCACCUCUUGCCUCUUCUGAAAGAAAGGGGAGCCUCAAGGAUUUUUUUAAAUUAAUAGAUUCAUGUCAAUUGAAAAGCCAAAUUUUAACUUACUGUUAAACUGUGCGUUAUGUUUAGGUUAUCUGGGAGUUCUAUGAUGAAAUUGACAUACUUCCUUGGAAGAACUACUGACUGCUCUGUGAUCUAUGGCAGUAUAUUCUUAUUUUUUAUAAAUCAGUGAAUUAAGUGGUUGUCCAAACACCACUCCAUGACUUGUCUUACAGCAAUGUCUUGGUGUACAUUGGUAUUCUGUUCUUGGUCAGCUCUUUAAUGCACCAUUGCAUGGCUUCUGUUGGGCACUCAAACAAGAGUAACUCUUAUUCUCAGUCCUUUUCGGGUGGUUCACCUUGGCUCUCCAGUUUCUCCUGGACGUCCUGCAAUUGUCAUGCUAAUCACGGUUUCGUACCUACCACCUUCUGACCUCACAUCUGUCUACAUUCAUCCUCAUGCAACAUAGUUAUAUUUUUGUGUUGGGUUUUUUUUUUCUGGACUGGUAGAAAUUAUGAACUUGCAUAUGAAAUACUCAUUGCCUGCGCUCUAAAUUAAUGUGCAUUAAUUUAGACAUUAAAUUAAAUGGCUGGCCAGGUCAGGUGGUAGGUAAUUUGUAAUGGUGUUUCUUUUGUUUGUUCUGGGUUCAUUUCUUUUAUUUCAAAAAUGUGAGGACUUCUGAAGUGAUGCCGCAAUGUGCAAGUUUGGUAUAUUUUCAUGGCUUUUGCAUGUACCUUCCGAUAAUGUUCAUUAACGCGAUAUUUGGUUGGGUUAACUCUCCAUAUCGUCAUAUUCUGUCACUUCAUACAUUAGUCUUGCUUCAGUAUUUUUGGAAUGGUCCUGUCUUCCAUUACAAUUUCCUCUGUAAGGUUUUUUUUUUUUUGAGUUUUUUUAAUUAACAAGAGUCUUUAAAAACAAUUGUCAUUGAAUGUUUCUACAUAUCUUUAAGAUUUAUUUGCUUCCCUCAGAUUAAGGACAGUGCCUGAGUUUUACAUUGCUUUUACAAAAACAUAAAUUCAACCCCGGGGCUGCGGCGAGUCCACCCGCUGCCGCCAUUACCAGCGCCGCGCCGCUCCCGGGGAACUACAGCUCCCGGCGGCCCCCGCGCCACCGUGCGCAGAGAAGAUGGCGGCCGCCACGGCGCGUGCGGCGGGAGCGGCGCCGCCGGGGUACACGGCUCUGGCGGUGAAGUUCGCGGAGCGGCAGCGCUCGCCUCACUGCCUGCUGGUGAAGGAGCACCAGGUGCGGGAAGGGGCCGACACCGCGCACCCGCCUCGCCGCACGCUCUUCGUCCUCAACGUGCCCCCAUACUGCGGCCCGGACUCUCUGUCUAGGCUGUUCUCUCGCUGCGGGCAUGUGCAGUCUGUGGACAUCUGCGACAAGCCAGGGCCAGGAGAGAAAAAAGAUAAACUGACGUCCAAAUUCUUCGACCACAAAACUGUAAAGGGAUUUCAAGUAGCAUACGUGGUGUUCAGGAAACCAGCAGGUGUCCAGGCAGCCAAGGCUCUAUCACAGGAAGGUCCCUUACUAAUAUCAACAGAGAGCCACCCUGUGAAAACCGGCAUUAGCAAGUGGAUCGCCAGCUAUGAGGCCUCCAUCGUGGAUCCAAAGGAGCUGAAGGCUGAGGUGGAUGCCUACAUGCAAGACUAUGAUAAAAAGGUGGCAGAGGAAGAAGCCAAAGCAGCCAAGGAGGAGGGUGUUCCAGAUGAGGAGGGCUGGGUGAAGGUGACACGGAAGGGCCGGAAGCCUGGCCUGCCCCGGACAGAGGCCGCCAACCUGCGGGUGCUGGAGAAGGAGAAACAGAAAAGGGCCCGAAAAGAGCUGCUCAAUUUCUAUGCCUGGCAGCAUCGUGAGAGCAAGAGAGAGCACAUUGCCCAGUUGAGGAAGAAAUUUGAGGAGGACAAGCAGAGGAUCGCACUGAUGCGAGCCCAGCGCAAGUUUCGGCCAUACUAGGUUGUGCUGAGCUGUUCCUCAGGUGCCUGUGCUGGAGAGGGUAGGAGAGCUACCUACUGACUCUGUUUGCCAAAGGAUUUUAAGGAAUUGAGGCAGAUUUGGGUUGCCUCUACCCUUGGAUUGGAAUUGGGAGAUGCCAGCAACUCUUGCUGGAGGAGAGUUCCCUUUACUUGCACCAGUAUCCUCCUGCUCUUCUGUCACUCGACCCUGUGGCACCAGUUUUCAGGCUGCUCAGGUCAAGGGGCUGAGGCACAUCCUGUGACAACCUGUAUCUCCCUGCCACCCAAAGACACACCUCCUAAAGCUUGGUGAGAAUUGGGAUUGACCUAGCACAGCCUCUGCAGAGGCAGGGAAUGGCUGAAGAACUGUAAAUAAACUGCUGCUACUGUUUUCAGAA